AUGGAACGAGAAAAUUUUAUAGAAGAAGAUAUUGAGAAAUUAACUCAUCAUAUCGAUGAAAUUGAAGAAGGUAUUGAAAAUAAGAAAUAUUAUCCACGUAUUGAAAUUAUUUCUCAACCAAUUGAUUGGAAAUCAUCAAUACAAGUAAAACUUUUAGUAGAAAAUGAACCGAAAAUUGAAAAACCAGAAGAACCAUCGACUCCAUCAUCUGUUACAUCAAUUGUUACAACGAAACCAAAAUAUCCACCAUCAAUUCAACGAAAAUGUGAUACCUGUGGAACAGAUACAUGGCAAAAAGAAUGUAAAUGUUGUGGUCAUACAUAUUGUGGUUGGCAUUUAAAACGACAUAAUCUUGAUCCAAAAAACAUUAAAAAAUAA